CUGACCCCACGAGCGACAGCUUUUGUCCAACUCUGGAGCCCCCGGUCUUGCGCCAUGGCGAGCUGGUGAGGCUCCGAUGAGCAAGAAGAACGUCUUCGGGGAGAUUGCCUUCCCCAUUGGAUCUCAGGUCCUCUCCGAAUAUGACCGAGUGCCGUACGGCUGUAAGAAGGUCAGCGUCGAUGUGCAUCACCGGAACAUCACUGGGCCGGUCGCGGAGCUGACCCGGAAUCUCUACUUCACCCGACGUGUGGCUGAGGACAUGAUGCACUCGCCAAAGAUGGAUCCCAAGGUGAGACACUAUGCAGAGGAUACUGCCAGCUAUGCUCACGACUUGGAAUUCUUUGCGCGGCAGUUGGGCUUGGCAAUGAAGAUGCCCACAGGAGUUGACCCGCCAUAUCUGCCUCUGGACAUGGAGACCAUGCCCGAUCCCGCGCUGAUCAGCCUGUGGCCCGAGCCCAUCAGCGCCCAGCUGAGGCCCCAUCGCUCGGGGAGCUUCCUUUGAGGCCAAAGUUGCCCGUGAGGAA